AUGGAGUUAAUUCCUAAACCAAUUCGGGGUAGCCUAAAGAGAUGCUGGCGAAGACAACAGUACCAACGAUUAUAUGGAUCAAAAACCAACCGAAGGAACAUGAAGGUCAUGAGGUUUGGAGACAGCCCUCGUAGGGUUUGGAGGAUUAGAUCAGCAAUUCCAAAGCUGCGCUGGAAGAUUGGGUCACCAUUCAAAAUCUGGGCAAAGCUAAAGAAUGCUUACAUCAACAUGAUGGUUAACUUGGCCGGCAACGUAGGGUAUUUGAGUACUGCCAACGUUUUUGGAGGAAAACGCAUUCCAAAGGGUCGCCAAGGCACUGCCGCUGCAGUUUAUUCCGUUGAAGAAGUUGAGAAUAGACUGAUUUUUGAGAUAUAUAAGGUUUUACAGGCUUCUCGUGAAUUAAGUACCGUGUAG